AGGGCUGCAGGGCGGCGGCGGCGGCGGCUGGUGGCACGAGACCAGCAACUUCCGCAAGUUCGUCCCGCAGAUGCUAGUAACGAUCAUCAACAACCUGCUGCUGAUGGACCUGAGCAUGAUGCUGGCCUUCCCCACUCUGGUGAUUGGCGCCCUGUACCUGAGCGACCAGCCCGACCAGGACGGCUUGCGGCUGGACCAAGAGCAGGCCUCGUGGCUCGGCAGCCUGGUGUACCUGUGCCAGCCGCUGGGGUCGGUGGUGUCGGGCGUGGUGACGGAGCCGCUGGGGCGGCGGCGCGCCAUGAUGUUCGUGAACGCGCCGCCGCUGCUGGGCUGGCUUCUGCUGCGCUUCGCCCGCUCCGUGCCCGCGCUCUUCGCCGCCAACGCCGUGCUGGGCCUCUCCAUCGGCUUCAUGGAGGCGCCCGUGCUCUGCUACGUGGGCGAGAUCAGCGAGCCGCGGGUGCGCUCCCUCCUCACCGCCUCCACGGGCGUGAUGGCGCAGGCGGGCUACCUGUUGGUCUACCUGCUGGGCGCCACGCUGCCCUGGCGGACGGCGGCUACCGUGUGCGCCACCAUCCCCGUCAUCAGCUUCCUCUUGAUGCUGCUGUCGAGGGCGACGGUCGGCGCGCGUGCCGUGCAGGUGCCGGAGUCGCCGCUGUGGCUGCUGGCGCGCGGGCGGGACGCUGAGGCGCUGCGCGCGCUGUGCUGGCUGCGCGGCUGGGUGCGGCCGGAGGCGGUGGCGGACGAGCUGCGCGACCUCAAGGCCUACGCGCAGCACACCCAGCGCCUCAUGGAGGCCUACGCGCUGCCGAAAGGAUGA